AUGGCAUUGUCACCAGGCAAUUUCACAAUGAAACAUACCAUUAGACUUGCCAACAAGCUCAAACGGAAGCGUCUGAUGCAGAGUUUACCCACCACAAAGAAACGUCGAUUGGAAUUAAAAGCUGCCAGGUUGUCUAAAGAAGCAGCGAGGAAUGUACUAGAAGGUCAAUCAUAUAAGUCAGAUAUUGGUCUUGAGGAGGAUGUUGAUCUUGAUGACAUUGAUCCAGAGCCUCUUAGGAUUUCUCCAGAGAGCAGCUGCUUGAUGUAUUUUGAUUUAGAAACUACUGGACUUAGUAGAACAUCUGACAUCAUACAGAUUGCUGCAGUUUGUGAAGAUAGGUCAAUCAAUGUUUAUCUCAACCCCAGUGUACCAAUCUGUAAAGAAGCAUCGGCUGCAACAGGUCUCAGAUAUGACAUGGGACAGCUCACUCUUUAUGGAGAGCCUGUGCCUUAA